AUGGAGUCUUCUGAUGUUGCAGAGCAGCUUCUUUUUAAUCAAUCAGCAAAUGUGCCUGACAUAACUGCAGUGACUAUUUCAUAUCUAUUAUGUAUUUUUGGUGGCUCUUUGUCAGUUCUCAUAUUGUUUGGAAACCUUCUUGUAAUAAUCUCUAUUGUUUACUUCAAACAGCUGCACACUCCUACAAACUACCUGAUGCUCUCUCUGGCUGUGGCUGACCUGCUUGUUGGACUUUUAGUUUUGCCUUUCAGUAUCGUGCUCUUUGUGAAAUAUUGGCAUCUUGAAGAUUUACUUUGUAAGGUACGAGGAAGUUUAGAUGUGUUACUGUGCAAUUCUUCCAUUUGGAGCUUGUGCUUCAUUUCUGUUGACAGAUAUUACGCAGUGUGUCAGCCUCUGAGAUACAGAAUUAAAAUAAAUGUCCGUGUUGUUGGGAUCAUGAUUCUGGUGUCCUGGACUAUUGCCACUCUAAAUGGAAUUAUUUUCACAUUAAAGGCCCCAGACAAAGGACAAAAAAACAACAGAUGUGUUUUGUUUCAACCGAAAACACAGAGUACAGUAGUUGUUGCAGUUUUUAUUGCAUUUGGCAUCCCAGCUAUUUUGAUGUUUGCAAUCUACCUAAAGAUUUUGAUGGUGGCACAGAAACAGGCACGCAGCAUCCAGAGCAUGGCAAAAUCUACUGCAGCUGUCAGUAAAGUGGAGAGAAAGGCGACUAAAACUCUGGCUAUUGUGGUGGGGAUUUUUCUCAUGAGUUGGACUCCUUACUUUCUGUCCAUCAGCUUUCAUCCUUUGAGCAAUUAUACAAUACCACUUCAUGUACUUCAGUCAUUUAAGUGGCUUGGAUGGUCAAAUUCAUUGUUCAAUCCAUUUGUGUAUGCUUUCUUUUACAGCUGGUUUCGAUCAGCGUUUAGGAUGAUCAUUACAGGGAAAAUAUUUACAGAUGAUUUUUCUAAUUCUAAACUCUCUUGAUUCACUCAUGUGUCAUUAAUCGGGUCUUGCACUAGGAAUGUAUCCAUCUGACAUAUUUAUUCACAUAUAUAGUCUAUGUUGUUAAUAACUGGCUGUUUUUGAGAAGUACAUGACAUGCAACGUGAUGCCCUCCCAAAAAAAAGGUGAUGUGUCAAUCUAUAAACCCUAAUAUGUAUCUGUACGACUGUGUAUGUUGUUAUUGCCAUUCUGCACACACUGUAGUUGUAAGAUGAAUAUAGGCAGAUAAAUAUUUGUUGCUGUCAAUGUGGUGUCCAUGACCUUCUCUUGGGAAGAUCCUAUAAUAACACACAAGCAAUGUGUACAACUAACACAUGUCCAGUGCUGACUAUUUACUUCCUAAUACAGUUAGGAAAUAAUCAUGAUUUUAAUUAUUAAUAAGAGGAUGAGUUACUUUUUUUUGGUUAUACAGUAUUUUAGUUGAGUAGACUAUGAAACACACAGCACUAGAAGAAUUUUGUAAACAUCAACACUGUGUCUGCAGUAUAUCUGUGUGCAUAGCCACAUUUACAGUUUUAGUCUUCAGUCAUCACAAACGUAUAUUGUAUAUGGUGGUGUCUAAUCAAAGCAACCUGUCAACCAGAUUCACUAAAGUUAUCAAUGAGCAAAACCCACACAUUUAAGAUUAUAUCUAUUUAUUUUGAUUAAGUAUUAUGCACUGAGUCAGGGCUUUUAAAUGAAAAGAGACUUG